AUGUCCUCCUACCCGUCCUUUGCGAAAGCCAAAGAAGCAGCGAUAAAGGUGGUAGAUGAAGAGUACGACCAUUAUCUCUCGAUCUGGACACACGAUGAGAAGCUUGGAGACGAUGUAGAUGUCCAGUCCACGGACCACGAAGAGCCAGUACCAUUUUUCAUCAAGCUCGAGUUUGAUGAAGAUGAGACCGUGCGACUUUGGGUUGAACCUCGGGACGCGAAUGGAAGAAGUGUCAUUCCAGAGUCUAGCUGGACCGUUCGACCGGAAAGGGAGCGCUACAUGGCUCGGCAAGCUCGUGAAGAUCUCAAGAAGACCAAAGCGGCAGCUACGAAGGCCGCUAAGGCGAACAAGGAUGGCAAGGUGCUCUCGGACGAAUUGCGACCCAGCGAUAAAGUGUACAUCAUCUUGAGUGCAGACGGAUACGUCAGGCAGGCUGGCAAUCUGCCGAGAAACCUUGUCUAUAAGUCCCUUCGUUACGCCAAUAUGCAAGCGAGAUCACUGCUGUACCAGAGUACCAUCGAUUCAUCUAAAGAUGCGCCACUCCCAGCGAUACUACCAGCCUUUGCGGAAGAAGAAUUCAACGUCGACUCCUCUACUGCGACCUAUGUAGGUCGAGUCAAAGGCAAGGGUAAAAAAGUGAAAUCGAUUUGGGUGGAAGAAAUGAGCUUUGAUUCAUAUGUACCACCACCGCCUGAAGGAAGUGUGACGAAGGGCAAGAAGAAGGCUACCGGGACGAGUGGACAAAAGAGGGCAACGCCUUCAUCAGGUUCUAGGGUCUCAACUGAUACUGCAAAGCGCGGUCGACGGCGUAGCAUCAGCUGA